AAAAAUUUUAAUUUAAAAAUAUAGAAGAAAUGAAGUUUUCAACAUCUUAGAUAAUCAGUAAUUCAUAAGUAAGAUCAGAAUCGCCAUCAUUCUAAAAAAUGUAAGCAUUAGCAGAUAAAUGGACUUAAUUAAAAGCUGGAAUAGAUAGAGAUAAAUUUGAAAAAAAAGAAAUAAUUGAUGCAUCUCUCUAAAAGAUUGAUAGUCUAUUGAAUUAUGAUAAACUUAAGGAUGAAGAUAGAUUUAAAGUAAAAUAUAUAUGAUUUCAAUAGAUGCUCAAAGAAUAAAUUUUAAAACUUAGUGACCAAAUAAAUAAUGAAAAAUUCGGGAAAGAGCAUUAUGUACGAUAUCAAGAUUAACUUUAACAAUUUGAAGAUUUAAUAAAUAAAUAAUUAGAUGAAGAGAAAAAUGUAAAAUUUAAUUGAAAAUAAAAAUAGAGUAAAAGAAGAGUAGAAAUGUAGCUCUUAAAAUAAAUAGAAGAUAGGUUUGAUACAGUUCAUGGAAUGCUUGAGAAAAAUAAUUCAAAUUAUUAUGAUAAAUUAAAUAGAUAAAUAGGAGAUGUAAGUAAUUAAUUAAAAGAACUACGAUAUACUAUAGAAAAUGAAUAAUAAUCAAGGUAAAUAUUUUAAAUGAUAUUCAAGAUCUGAUUCAUAAGCUCAUUUAAUAGAAUAAAUGGAUUUAGAAUUAAAUAAAUUUUAAGAAAUGAUGUCAAUAGAGAGGUCAGUCAGAGAAGAAACAGAGAAAAAAAUAUUUUCAAUGAUUGAAGAAGUUCAUUCAAAAAUUCAAUCAGAAAUUUAAGCUGAAAAACAGCAAAAAGAAAAGUCUCAUGAAAGUAUUCUGAGAUUAUUAGAACAAACUUGCCUUAAAAUAGAUGAAAGUUUCAAUUAAUGA